GGCGACCACGGCGCGAAUGUGGGUGGGAAGGAUGUGAGGUUGGAGGCUGGAAUCGCGUAUAAGUAGCGGCGUCGCCGCCAAUCCCACCGCGGCAUUCCAGCGCUUGUUUCGCGAUCGGCGGUGGCGGACAUUGCGAUCAGGGUUCUUGCAAGAAGAGGUUUAGGGUUUACGAUCGAUCGCGAUUCGCGGGGAUGAUGACCGAGGAGAGCAGGGCGCGGCGGCCGACGCGGAUAAUCCUGGUGCGCCACGGCCAGAGCGAGGGGAAUGUGGACGAAUCCAAGUACUCGUCCGUGGCGGACUACAAGAUCCAUCUCACCGAGGGCGGAUUCCAGCAGGCGAUCGCGUGCGGGCAAGAGGUACGCAGGAUCAUCGAGCGCGACGUGCGCGACGACUGGAAGGUGUAUUUCUACGUGUCGCCGUACAAGCGGACGCGCUGCACGCUGCGCGGCAUCGGGCGGGCGUUUGAGAAGGAGCGCAUCUUGGGCGUGAGGGAGGAGCCCCGGAUCCGCGAGCAGGACUUCGGGAACUUCCAGUGCAUGGAGGUGAUGAAAGUGGUGAAGGAGACUCGGGAUAGAUUUGGGCGAUUUUUCUAUCGAUUUCCAGAGGGGGAAUCGGCAGCUGAUGUGUUUGAUCGAGUCACAAGCUUUCUCGAAUCUCUAUGGCGAGACAUCGACAUGAACAGGCUAAACCGCUCAAAGUCAUCCGACUUGAACCUCAUCAUCGUCUCGCACGGGCUGACGAUGCGAGUGUUUCUCAUGCGGUGGUUCAAGUGGACGACGGAGCAAUUCGAGCUGCUCAACAAUCCACAGAACUGCGACAUCAGGGUGAUGCAGCUCGGGAGUGGAGGGGAGUACAGUUUAGCCGUGCACCACAGCAGGCAGGAGCUUGAGAACUGGGGGCUCACUCCAGAGAUGAUCGCUGACCAGGAGUGGCGAGCAACAGCCAUGAGAGGGCAGUGGAACGACGAUUGGCCUUGGUCUGGGAGGGCCUUCUUCGACCACUUUGAGGACGAGCCACUGGGGGGAGCUCACAGUGGUGUUUUCGGGGACGUAGAUUCGGAUUACAAGGGAGAGCAGAGUGAGUGGACUGGGGACACGACGUGCGAGAACGGAGACAUACACUUACGGAUGCCACCGAUAUGAGAGGGACAUGAAGCUUUUUUUUCGACUGGUUUUCCUCCUGCGACGACACGUUUUCCUCGUGGUGGUGAGAUUGUGGAUAUAAAGGACGGUUAACUGGAGUAGGCCCGGAAGAGCGGAUAGGCAGAGAUGGCGAGCCUCCGAUCGCUUGUUCUUUUCGUUUCACUGGUAGUGGCAUUUGGUCUUGCGGCAGCGCACGGUGGUCA